CACAGCGUGCAGUCGCGAAAAAACCGACAACUAGUGUCGGUAUUGUAUCCUCUGGGUUGAAUUUUGCAUCCAUCGUAGGCAAAACUACGCGUGGCGAAGUCGAUCGAGUCUUCGGUAUUGGUUCUGUCCCCCUCUCGCUGCGUACAAUAUAACGCAUCGAAAUGGGCAAGUCGUCCAAAGACAAACGUGACAUUUACUACCGGAUGGCUAAAGAACAGGGAUGGCGGGCGCGCAGUGCAUUCAAGCUGAUGCAGAUCGACGAACAGUUCAACAUAUUCGACGGUGUCACGCGAGUGGUCGACCUGUGCGCGGCCCCGGGCAGCUGGAGCCAGGUACUGAGCAAGACGCUGUACGCGGACAAGUCUGAGGCCGAGAAAAAGGACGUGAAGAUCGUGGCCGUGGACCUACAGUCAAUGGCGCCAUUGCCGGGAGUCAUCCAGCUGAAGGGCGACAUCACCAAGGAGAGCACGGCUAACGAAAUCCUGUCGCAGUUCAGCAAGCAGCUAGUCGACCUGGUCGUCUUCGACGGCGCGCCAGAUGUCACUGGCCUGCAUGAUCUCGAUGAGUAUAUUCAGGCACAGCUGUUGUUGGCUGCUAUGAACAUCACCACGUAUUUACUGAAGCCCGGCGGCACUUUUGUCGGCAAGAUAUUUCGUGGUAAGGACGUGACCAUUUUGAUAGCACAACUGGAAAUAUUCUUUCGUGAUGUUACCAUUGCCAAGCCGUGCAGUUCUCGUAAUUCUAGUAUUGAGUCAUUUGUGGUGUGCUGCGAUUUCCAGUUGCCUGAAGGUUACAGUCCCACCAUGGCUAACCCUUUGAUGACCAACGAUACAACACCUUGGAAUGAGAUGGAAGUGCACCCUGUGAUCACACCGUUUGUGGCUUGUGGAAGUCUAAGCGGUUUUGAUGCUGACAAGACCUAUCCUUUGGAAAUCGAUGGCCUUGAAUAUGUACAAAGGGAUCCUGUACAAGGACCGAUAUCUCCACCGUAUGAAAAAUCAAAGCCUAUGAUAACUACUAAAGGCAAGAGUGUCAUUGAAACAGAAAUAGAAAAAGCAACUGUCUCAACACAACUGUUAAACUUAAAUUGAAGGUUCAGAAAAUGUAUUCAUAUUUUUGUUUUGAUCAGCAAAUGCAAUAAGAACUAAUUUCAUUUUGAUUGAUAAUAGUUCUGUGCCCAGUCUACUAACAGAUCUCUAUUUACGUAGAAGGUGUAAUAUGACAAUGUUAAGUUACAGUUAGGAACAGUAGGAUUUAGCUAAACAUAGAGCCUCAGCCAAUUAUAGAUUGAGAGAAGAAAUAAUUGUAUUACUUAUGUUAUACUCGAAAUCAUUAUGGAAUUUACAGAGAGUAUUUAAAUAUAUAUAAAUCAUGGAACAACAUUACAAGA